AUUCUUAUCGCAGGCUCAUGUUUUGCUCGCAUGGGAGCACAUUUAAUUUUGUCAUGCAGUCAAAUGGUCACGAAGUCACUCACAUUAUCACGAAAACGAUGAUUAAUAGUAAUGUGGCACUUUAUACUGCUACGGUCUUCUCCAUUUUGUCUUUUUUUAUUUUCUGGACGCAAGCUCUAGCCUCACAGCCUCACAUAUUGCUACUAUUGGUGGAUGAUUUGGGAUGGAGCGAUGUUGGAUAUCACGGUUCGCAAAUAAAGACACCUAACGUUGACAGACUUGCUCGUGAAGGAGUAAUUCUUGAGAAUUAUUAUGUCCAGCAAUACUGCACACCAACUAGGGGAUCUCUUAUGACAGGCCGGUAUCCAAUACACACUGGCCUGCAACAUCGAGCGAUUCUUAGCUUAACUCCCUUUGGACUUCCUCUAGAAUUCUCCAUUUUACCGGAGAAGUUGAAAGACGUAGGUUAUAGGACACAUCUUGUUGGGAAAUGGCAUUUAGGUUACUAUACAUCUGUUAGUACUCCAACAUAUAGAGGUUUUGAUUCCUUCUUUGGAUUCUACAAUUAUGGGCACGAUCACUUUGACCACACCCAUGGUGGGUUUUUAGACCUCUUCAGGGGUGAAAAAGUUGCCAGAGGGUACAAUGGACAAUACACCACCCAUCUUUAUGUACAGGAAGUUGAGAAAAUUGUUAAAGAGCAUGAUUCUUCCAAGCCACUGUUCUUAUACAUGGCAUUUGAGAAUGUCCAUGACCCAAUCCAGGCACCCAAAAAAUACCUGGACAAAUACAACUUCAUCAAAGACAAGGAUAGGGGAACUUAUGCCGCCAUGAUGGAUGUGGUGGAUGAAGCCAUUGGAAAUAUAACAGAAGUGUUUAAAGAGAAAGGGUUGUGGAAUGAUACUCUUGUGAUUUUUAGCUCGGACAACGGCGGAGAUCCUUUCUACCGCGGCUUCAACUACCCCCUACGUGGAUACAAGAGGACGCUGUGGGAGGGUGGGGUGAAAGCGUGCGGUUUUGUUUAUGGUCAGAUGCUCAAACGAAAAGGGGUGAUCUCACGUGAUCUCAUUCAUGUGACUGAUUGGUAUCCGACUCUCGUUAAUUUAGCAGGUGGCGCAAUAGAUUCAAAGCCUAUGCCAGUGGAUGGCUUCGAUGUGUGGGAAACCAUUUCUAGUGGAGCACCUUCGCCCAGGAAAGAGCUUCUUCACAAUAUUGACUUCCCUGAGAAAAGAUCAGGUCUUUUACUGACAUAUGACACCUGGUACAGCGGAGCGGCAAUUCGCGUUGGUGACAUGAAAUUGUUAUUGCAUGUACCCAAUGCCACUUGGUACCAGGUUCCAGAAGAAGGAGGAAUUGCACCAGACAUGGACGAAAUCUGGGAUCAAAAGACAAACAUCGUAGAACUGGCCUUAUAUAACGUAAGCGCUGAUCCUUCAGAACGUUACGACGUAAGCCCUAAAUAUCCUAACAUUGUGCGACACCUGAAGGACCGAAUACAUGAAUAUUGGAAGACCGCUGUCCCACCGGGGAUCGUCCCAGAAGAUCUAAUGGCUCUAGCUGUAGCCAUGAAAAACAAAGCGUGGGCACCAUGGAGAGACACGUGCAAUGCAAAAUGAGGGUAUGGAUCUUUCUCCGAAAUGGCGAUCUCAGACUGGAAUCCGUCAAUAUUGAUCUGCGCAAGAAACUGUCACCUGUCCCAAAAUUAAAACUUCUGUUAUUUUAAAUGUUUCAGUCGAGAAAUAAGAAAUUGAGCUUUCUCUUUCUUCCCAUACCAGAAGACUUAUAAACCGUGAAACUUA